UGUUCACCACUAAAGAUAGCUGACUGAACGUAACAUUAACAUUAUAUGAACAGCACUUGAUAAGGUUGUCAAAUAUUUUUACCUUUAGCGUUGUUUUUGCAUGUGUAGGGCUCCGCGGUCAAGUAGGAAAUAAUGAAUAUGCAACGCCGGGAAAGUCUUUCAAAAUAAAACUAGUGGUUAACUUUGUGCAACGUUGCAAUUUGGUUAGGUUUAGGCAAAAAGGACUUGGUUCGGUUUAGGAAAAGAUCAUGGUUUGGGUUAACAUAACGAUUUUGUUUCACAUGUCUCCUUAGUGAAAGUCCAGUUUGUGACCCACCUGUCCAGCUCAGCCACCUCAUACUCUGACCUUUCUGUUAUUGAUAAUAGGCCUACUUUUAGCAUUGAACGAUGACGCUAAAGGCUGCUGUGUGUGUGUGUGUGUGCGUGUGUGUGUGUGUGCGUGUGUGUGUGUGUGUAUUUGACGCUCUGGGAAAUUGAGUCUUAGAUCCUCUCCUCUAAUCCAUCUAAGAUUUCUGGAAAUUGUGUUUCACUGACCCAACAUGUUACACCUGACACAGCGAUCAGAUGUUGUAGGCUUCUAAUUUUAAGUGGAACAUGUGCAUUUUUUUGUGGAUGCCGCAUUAACACAGACCUUGUAUUGGACUUCAGCAUGUGCAACAAAGUGAGAUGUGCUUUUUUUUAGGUGGGAACUUUUUCUGUUUUUCUGAUUCUGGAAAAUCUCUGCAUUCCAAAGGGUAUUUGAAAUGAAAAGUGUCUUAAGGACAUUGUCCAUUUGUUCACAGGGAUAAAAAGCACUUUUCAGUGUUCUGGCUGUCACUUUAAGGGGGGCAUUGUAGACAAAUUGCCAAGUCUCCCCCGUGUCUUGCUCAGACAUCUCGUGUGUGUGUGUGUGUGUGUGAGGGAGAGAGAGAGAGAGGGAGAGAGGGAGAGAGGGAUCAGGGGUACUAGCUGAGGAUAAAAGCGAGCUUCGUGGAGACGGAGCCAGAAGUGUCCAGUUAUUAGCAUGCCGGUCUGGUCACUGGUGCCCUGCUGCCUUUCUGUUUCAACACAGUCAGACUGUAGGCCUGCUGUUGGCUGACCUGACACCAUUCAGAAUCUUCAGGAGCUCAAAAAAGAUCAAUUGCACCAGAGAAAAUCCCGGGAAACGCCUGCAUUUAUAAGGAUGACACGUUUGUUAGAAGCAACAGUGACAAAGAAAAGAGAAGCGACCUCGUAGGUCUGAAACAGACUUGGCAGAUUUCCUUGGGUCUUUCCUAACUUGGCCGCCUCCUGGCUACUGCUGUGGCUUGCUAACUGUCAAAGGAAACAAGUUUUUCUCGGAAACAAAAGAAACACUCGAAGCUUCCACGUCCCUCAGUCCUCAGCAUUCCUGACCAGAGCAGAAGGAUCCUUGUCCUCCCACCACCAACAACAACAUCAGAGAAGGCUUCACAGGAUCAAAAAUCACUGCUUGCCUCCAAGAUGCUGAACCUGAACUCGCCAGAUGACAACAGCAACAGGAACUCUCUCCAGGACCCGAUGUCACUGAACGUUGGGGGAGAAAUUUAUACUACAACUCUGGACACUCUGACACGCUGCCGGGAUUCAAUGCUAGGAGCUAUGUUCACCGGACAAAUCCCCGUGCUCCGAGAUAACAGAGGAAAUGUUUUCAUAGACCGCGAUGGUAAAGUGUUCAGGUACAUUCUGAAUUACCUGCGCUCCAGCUCCCUGGACCUUCCGGAUGGCUUUUCCGAGCUGGCACUGCUGCGGAGAGAGGCUGAUUUCUUUCAGAUAUGCCCCCUGCUGGAGGAGAUUCGCCGUUAUGAGGCAUCAGUACCUCUCAGCCUUAGAGGAGGGCCGCUAGGAGCCAUGAUAAUGAUAAAUGUUGAUUCCAAGGUCAGCGUUCUCCACUUUAACUUGCGCCAUGGGCCAGAAAACUAUGAGCUCCGCACAUGCUCUGUGCGAGCCUUCACAGUUGACCUCUUUUGUACCUGGAGAGCCUUCCUGGCUCUACUUUGUGAGCGCUUCUCCUACAGAACAUCCCAGGGUCUCACUAGCCCCCACCCAUGCAACCCGAGGCAGAACAGGCUGAAACUGGAGUGGGUCCCGAGGCCUAAUGAACUCCCGCAGGACCAGUACGACAAGCAGCGCUACCGGGGGCUAACUGUCUCUAACCCUGAGGUCACGCAGUCGGAUGACUUCAUGACAAUGCACUGGAGCCAAUAUGAAAUCACAGACAUGCAGGCGUUUGUGGAAGAGCUGCUGAAGGUGUCCCUGGCUGAAGGGUUCAAGGUUGAUCUAGUGACUCCAAAUCCAGCGGAAAUUCUUAACUGCAGCUCACUUCGGCUUGUCAAGUCCUGAGCUUUAGGCGGAGAACACAAACUAAAAGCACCAGAACAUGCCAAGUUAAUGAACUGGUUCUUUCUAGCCACACUUACCACAGUUCUCCUUAGGACUUCUGUUGUUUAAUUAACGCUUUUAUUAGUUAGGGUUUGCUUUGUAAUAGCGACACCAAAAUACUGUAUUUCAAUUAUAAAUUUUUAUUUUUUUUUUUACAGUUGCUGACAGGUCAUAUUGUAGAUAUUUACAUGUAACAAUUAGACGUAUCUUAGCCCUUUUUCAGAAAUAGAAUCUAAAACAUUGCAGGCUUCAUCUAUUAGUUAAAGUGAGUCAAAGUAUGAAAAUGUUCUAUGUUGGCAUUGCGCCAUAGAGCUAUAGUGGUUUAAAGUUCCACAGGGUAACUAAAGGGCUCUAAAACCGGAAGUCAAUUAGCUUAUCUUAACAUAAAGACUGGAGGCAGAUGUGACGUGACGUGCUGAUACCAUUUCUCUUCAGAUACAAUUACCAACUGGACUCUCGUCACCAUGAGGUUGCCAACUAACCAGUGUACACAGUGUAUCUCUCAUUAUUGAGACAAAGUGGAAACACAAGCAGCCAAAGCGAACCAAUCACAGUGUGCUAUCACACGUGCUAUUUCUGAAGCUGCCGCACACCGACCUGAUGGUGGAGUAACAUUUUUUGAGGAUGUGUACUAGUAGUAGUAGUUGUAGUAGUGGUCACAUGCAUGGACUCAGUAGCUGUCCUGUACCGCCUCUUACAUCUACAAAUUCAGCUUUAGACCUAAAACCUAGAACAUAUUUCAAAUUAGCAUUUUGUCUCUUAUUUUGUUAAUGUUUUACUGAAAGUUUUGAUUUUCUAAAGCUUUUUGCUGUGUUUUCUAACGUACGUAGCUGACAUGAAUGGAGAGAUGAAAAGUAUAUCCGUCUGCCCUACGUUGUUUUAAAGGCUGAGGAGGGGGUAGGAUGGGUUUUGGACUGAGUGUGCCAUUUUAGUUUGGAGGAAGCAGUCGUAAAGGAAGUUUGAGGAGGACAAGACACGUCUCGGCUGAAGAGGAAAGGUGUCUAGUUGCAAAAACAAACUCUGAACUUCCUUCCUAGGACUGUGAGAGAUGUGACCAGGAUGAGUAUCUCUGCAGCCCUGCUGGAUGGACAGUCUGGUUUCAUAAUGGUUAUCCACAUCAAGCACAAAGGACAUGAAAAUGCUCACAUACAGCUAUAAGCUAGCCUAGCCCUCAGAUUAAGGGAUAUUUUUAAGAUUCAUUACUGGUUGCAGGUUGACAUGGUUUAAUGUACUUGUGUGUGUGUGUGUUUGUAUGUUUGUUUAUU